AUGACAAAUGGUGAUACCUUCCGAAGUUGUUCGGCAUGGGGUGAGUGCUAUUGCGAUGCGGGCUAUUGGCAGGACAUGACCAAUGGGCGCAAGUGUAAAAAGGAUGAUGGUACUUACACCUGUUUGAGCACUGAUAAUAAAAUACGUGUGGAUAACAAAUGUCAGUGUAAAGCAAAUUACUAUAAGACCAGUGAUGAUAAAUGCGAGUACAAGACAUGCACUGCAAACGGCCAGUGUAUGGCAAAUGACGAUACGUAUCGUUCGUGUAUAUCGGGUGUGAUAUAUUGCUCACAAGAGUCGGAUGAGGUGUCUGCAGAUGACGUGGGCUUUCGGUACGAGAAAUUCGUGUUUUACGUGAUUAGUACGGAAAAACCAACCUUCUUAUUUUUCAACAAAUUGCGAAUUUAUUGCGAAAUGAGCGAGGACAAACAAGUGAAAUACGCCCAAAUUACCAAUAGUAAAUUGACCGAGUCAAAAAAACUCCGCGACCGUUUCAUUGGUUACCUGAACGAAACGUAUACAAAGAAUAAAAUUAACUUGACCGAACUAUUAUGCGUUGCCCGCAACUUCUUUAAUGACGUAAUCAACGUGCACGAUGACCAAGAUGGUUUCAGGGAGUACGCCCGGAUUAGGACACAGUUCUAUAUUGACAUGUUUGUGAGACUAGAGGAGAUUUACAACGUUAAACCUGCCACCACGUGCAAUGUACUCAACGAGACCUACACCGAAAGUCAAUUUAAAUCAUAUUCAAUGUUGUUGUCUAAAAUAUUGCUGCAAUAUGGUGAUUCAUAUAUUUCACCUGAAUUCUUUGCAAAAAAGGCGUUGUCAACAUUAGUUUCGUCCCCUAAAGAACUAGCUGAUUUGCCCUCAAACUUACGCCAAUACCAUCUGCCGUCAAAAAUACCGUUUUUGGGCAAUUCAGUCAAAGUACCCCUCUUUGGUAUGUCUGGAUAG